AUAAUUAUCCUCUGGUUUCGCAUUUUGUGCGUUAGAAUUUGGAUCCGUCUCGCGUACCUCUCUCUCACUAGCGUUCUGGAAUCUUCUCUUGUCCAAUUCACACAGCGAGAUUGGUCUACCGAAGCUGAUCACCGGCAGCCAUGGAGGACGAUUUCGAGUUCGCCGAUCACCCUCCUCCGUCGUUCCAUAAUAUGGGGAAUGUGGUCAAGGAUGUUGAGGCUAAAGGAUUCAACCCAGGAUUGAUAGUCCUGCUGGUUGUUGGCGGGCUAGUUCUGACAUUCCUAAUUGGAAAUUAUGUACUCUACUUGUAUGCCCAGAAGACGCUUCCUCCCAAAAAGAAGAAGCCAAUCUCAAAGAAGAAGAUGAAGAGGGAAAGACUGAAGCAAGGUGUCUCUGCGCCUGGAGAGUGAAAUUUGAGAUGUGUUUCCUAUUCAUUACCAGUGUUUUGAACUCUCGUGUUCGAAAUUUUCCCAUCUUUCGUGUCAAGAGAGCUAUGUUAUUUCACUUUUUAGUUUUCAUACUUGUUAGAAAUUUUAACUUCAAAGUUCAGAAUCUGACUUAUAUUUUGGGUAGAA